GACACCCACCAACCAAAACUAAAACCUAGCAAAACCCAAGAUAUGGAGAGAUACAUUUUUUCUUCUUCAAGCCAAAUUACACACAUUAUUAUAUUAAUGUGCGUCUUUGUUGUUAUGUCUGCGACCUUGGUGCAUGGCCAAGGCACUCGUGUUGGUUUCUAUGCUACUACUUGUCCUAGAGCUGAAUCCAUUGUAAGCUCAACUGUUGCAACACAUUUUCGAGCUAACCCUGCAAUUGCUCCUGCUUUGCUGAGGAUGCAUUUCCAUGAUUGCUUUGUUCGAGGUUGCGAUGCUUCUGUCCUUAUUGAUGGUUCCAAUACUGAGAAAACUGCCCCACCAAAUCUUGGGUUGAGAGGCUAUGAAGUUAUUGACGAUGCCAAGACUCAGCUUGAAGCUGCAUGUCCUGAAAUUGUUUCUUGCGCUGAUAUUCUUGCACUUGCAGCCCGUGACUCUGUUGUUCUGACUGGUGGACGAAGUUGGCUAGUGCCUACCGGACGUAGAGACGGCCGGGUGUCAUUGUCAUCUGAAACAACUGAUUUGCCUGGCUUCACAGAAUCCAUUGAUUCCCAAAAGCAAAAGUUCUCUGCCAAGGGUCUUAACACACAAGAUCUUGUCGUACUUGUUGGAGGACACACCAUAGGAACUACAGCUUGCCAGUUCUUUAGUUACAGAUUAUACAACUUCAAUGGCACCGCAAGUUCUGAUCCUGCCAUUAAUGCUUCAUUCCUUCCUCAACUACAAGCACUGUGUCCACAGAACGGAGAUGGGACAAAGCGAGUUGCUUUUGAUACAGGUAGUGAAAACAGAUUUGAUGCAUCUUUCUUCGACAACCUGAGAGAUGGGCGAGGAAUACUCGAGUCUGAUCAGAAAUUGUGGACUGAUGCUUCGACGAGAGCAAUUGUUCAACGUUUCCUGGGUAUUACUGGUUUAGCUGCAUUCAAUGUUGAGUUUGGAAGAUCCAUGGUUAAGAUGAGUAACACUGGAGUGAAGACAGGCACUGAUGGUGAAAUUAGGAAAAUAUGUUCAGCAAUGAACUCAUGAGACU